GAUUUGUUGUACCCAUUUUUUUCUCUCUUGACUUCAACCGAGAAACAGUCAUAACAAGAAGCAUUUUCAAUUUGAAAAUGUGAAUGAAAUUCGAAAUUUCAUCCGUUGGAGUUAAUAGAAACAAUAAAAUGUUUAAACCACUGACGGAAAAACGGGUACUUUUGACGGCACUAGUCCAAGCUGGCUGUAUUGGGCACUGUGUAUUCGAAUAUAUUGCUGAUUUUGUCACGACAACUGGUCCAUCGAUGGAACCGACAUUGCAUUCAAAUAAUAUUCUACUUGCCGAGAGAAUAAGUAAGCGAUUACAAAAUUAUGAACGAGGUGACAUAGUCAUAGCCAAGAGUCCAAUCGAACCAAAAAUGUUGGUUUGCAAACGUGUGGUCGGUUUGCCCGGCGAUAAAAUCUACAUGAAACCCCGAAUCAACUUCAAUCCAUUUGGAUCCACGUCAAAAACCGAAGUGAACAAAGACUUGAAAGAAGAUGCAUUGAAAGACAUCAUGCCAUUCGUCGAUAUUGAAGAAGAUGAAGCAUUUGACGGUGACAAAUCGAAACAUAUUAGCAAUCAGGAUGCAUCGAUGAGAACAUUUCGCAGUAAAGUAAUAAUUGUACCGAAGGGUCACCUAUGGCUUGAGGGGGACAAUAGCGACAAUAGCAUUGAUUCACGCACCUAUGGACCGGUUCCAAUGGGUUUGGUUCAAAGUCGAGCCGCCGCACGACUAUAUCCUGAUCCAACAGUUUUCUAAUCUUCCAUUCUGAUUAGAUUGUAAAUUAUAGCAUCUUCUUCAAUAAACAUCUCAUAAGCAAAUCAAUACAUGUGGUUAGUUCUUGGCUUUGAAAAGUUUGAAAUAAUUUAAAAAAAUGAACAUUGAGUGACAAAAUAACUCAUUAUGAAUAGAAUUCAGA